CCCGGCUCGAUUUAUCAGGGGCGCCGCCGCCUCACCUGGCAUUUGCAUCUCGCCCUCCAACUUGCCAUUGGCGGCGCGACGUGUGGGAGAGCCCUGCGCCUCGCCCGCCCGGACCAGCCUGCCCCGGCGCCGAGGGUGCUCCUGUGGUUGGCCCGGCCCACAAUGCAGCUUUGAGCCUGGCCUAGGCCACCACGCACUGUAGCUGUCUACCCCUCCUAUCUUACCAGAGGCUCCGAGGCACCUCAACAGCAUCGCUGCACCCAGGGGGCCCUGUGGACCCUGCUGCCAGCUCUGUGACAAGACAGCAUGGCUAUCACCUUGCAGCCUAGCGACCUGGUCUUCGAGUUUGCAAGCAACGGGAUGGAUGACAUCCACCAGCUGGAAGAUCCCUCAGUGUUCCCAGCUGUGAUCGUGGAGCAGGUGCCCUACCCCGAGUUACUGCAUCUGUACUCAGGACUGGAGCUGGACGACGUUCACAACGGCAUCAUAACGGAUGGGACCUUGUGCAUGGCGCAGGAUCAGAUCCUGGAGGGCAGUUUUUUGCUGGCAGAUGACAACGAGGCCACUUCCCAUACCAUGUCAACCGCCGAAGUCUUGCUCAAUGUGGAAUCUCCCAGCAACGUCCUGGAUGAGAAGCAGAUCUUCAGCACCUCCGAAGUGCUCCCAGACGCAGAGCCUGCUCCAGCUGCUCCUCUGCCCAACUACCUGUUUCCUGCCUCUGAGCCUGAUACCCACCACGGAGUGGGUGACACUAGUGACCAGGAGGGACUCUCGCUGGACAAGCUCCCCAGAGAUGAAAGUGCCAAGAAGACUGGGAAAUCAAAGAAGAGAAUCCGGAAGACAAAGGGCAACCGAAGUACCUCUCCGGUCACCGACCCCAGCGUCCCCAUCCGCAAGAAAUCAAAGGAUGGCAAAGGCAGCAGCGUCUACCUGUGGGAGUUCCUGCUGGCGCUUUUGCAAGACAGAAACACCUGUCCCAAGUACAUCAAGUGGACCCAGCGGGAGAAAGGCAUCUUUAAGCUGGUGGACUCCAAAGCUGUGUCCAAACUGUGGGGGAAGCAGAAAAACAAGCCGGACAUGAACUACGAGACGAUGGGGCGGGCACUGAGAUAUUACUACCAGAGAGGCAUCCUGGCCAAAGUGGAAGGGCAGAGGCUGGUGUACCAGUUUAAGGAGAUGCCCAAGGAUCUGGUGGUGAUCGAGGACGAGGAAGAGAGGAGUGAGGCCGCAGCAGCGCCCCCUCCGGCCUCGGCGUCCUGCGCCAGCACAGCCCGCCGGGUCAGCUCCAGGGUCUCGGCCAGGGCCGCCCCCCAUGGCAAGGCCACUUCUUCUUGGGAGAAGCCGAAGAUUCAGAACGUUGGCCUGCAGCCAUCUUCGAGCCUGGAACUCGGACUGUCUGUCGGUGAAGAGAUCCCCACUACCUCCACCCUCCUCGUGUCUGUGCCGGAGAACCAGGCCAAGCUCACCAUAGCCAGCAGUUCUUCUUCAGUGCCAAGCAACAUCCACCUAGGAGUGGCCCCUGUGGGGUCGGCCUCGGCCUUGACCCUGCAAACCAUCCCGCUGACCACAGUGCUGAGCAACGGGCCUCCUGCCAGUACUACUGCCUCCACUCAGCUCGUCCUCCAGAGCGUUCCUCCUGCCUCCACGUUCAAGGACACCUUCACCCUGCAGGCCUCUUUCCCCCUGAAUGCCACUUUCCAGGAGAACCAGGUGGCGGCACCAGGGACGCCGCUGAUUCUCAGCGGGCUGCCCCAGCUCCUGGCCGGGGCCAACCGUCCCGCCAACCUGGCACCCCCCUCGACCUCAGGUGCUAGCUCAGCAGGGCCCAGCCCCCAGCCCCCCGGGACUGUCAUCGCUGCCUUCAUCAGGACUUCCGGUGCCACAGCAGUCCCUGGGGUCAAGGACGGGCCGCUGAGGUCCUCCUCAUACGUGCAGGGCGCGGUGACCGGGGCCCCCAUGGAGGGGCUGCUGGUCCCGGAAGAGACCCUGAGGGAGCUCCUGAGAGAUCAAGCUCAUCUUCAGCCACUUCCAACCCAGGCGGGCUCAAGGGCUUCCCACAACCCAAGCCUUCUGGGGAGCCAGACUUUCUCUCCUCCCAGCCGCCCCUCUGUUGGGCUGACCCCGGUGGCUGAACUUGAGCUCGCCUCAGGCUCAGGGUCCGUCUUUAUGGCUGAGCCUAGUGUGACCGCAUCUGGGAACCUGCUGACCAGAUCCCCAACUCCGGUCCCCUUCUCGCCAUUCAACCCCACCUCCCUCAUUAAGAUGGAGUCCCGUGACAUAUAAAGCGAGGGGUCAGGAGAGGCGUGGUCCAGCAGCACCGUGGGAUGGGCUGACUUUAGUAGCACACCUGCCCUUACAUUUCAGUAGGAUUCAAUCCACCCGGCCCCAGCCCCCUAGCCCUGCCUGGUUAUCCCGGUGGCCAAGCUGUGCCCAGUUGGAGCAUCCCUGGCGUCAGACCAUGGCAUUCAAGAGCACUAGGGGGCAUGUUCUUGGCAGGAAAAUGGGCUGCCUUAGUGAUGGUAGGAAAAAAAAAAACCCUGCUCCAGGGAGCUUGUGGUCAGGGAUGGGACACAGGUAUUCUGAGCCCUUCCGUCUGGCUGCAUCUCUCGUCUGUAUUCCCUACGCAGGGAAUGCACCCCAUAUGUGAAUCCCUCUGGAUGUUUUUGUGUGCACUUACCUUGUGGGUUUGUAUCUUAGUUUUUGGGGGGAGAGGACAGGGGCAUAGCCGUGAGCUCUUGGCUUCAGGGGUGUGUGUGAAUGUGUGUGGGUAUGUGGUGUGUGUCCCUCCGUGGGCCAGCCACAGAGACGGGGACUUGUGUGUUAAGGGAAAGCAUUCUCGAAUUUACGUUAUGUAAGCCAAGAUGCAGGCACUCUGAGACUAGGCGCUGGACAACGGAUGUCACAGAGCUGGUCCAGGAUAAAGGGAGCCUCAGGCUGUGUGCCCCGGGGAGGAUGCACUCCUAGGGGGUGCUAGGGCUGAGUGAGAUGAAACCACCUAGGGAGGAAGACAGCUUAGCCUUAGGAACCCACUGCACAGGCCAGACCGAGGCACUCUGUGUCUUUGCCUCACGGCCCACCACU